AUCAAGCAGAUAAGUUGUGCUACGGAGAAAAGAGAAUUAUUUCUGUUUUUCAUAAAAUUUGUGAGUUGCGACAACAAACAGUCGUCAAUACGUAUUCAAAUCAAGCAGAACAAACAAAAUUUUAAGUGAAGUGAAAAUAAAGGAAGAAAAAAAAAUUAAACGUAGCGGUAAUUGAAUAAGAAAAAUAAAUUUCGAACAGAGAAAAGAUCGAAGAGAAUAUAGAAAUAAAAUAUAGAAUAAUAAUAGAGUUUGUGGUUCUGUGUCAUGUUAUUUCAUCAACAUACUUCUUUCUGACCAUUUUUAUUUGCAUUAAACUUAACGGAUAUUGCGAAUAGAGCAACGGAGAUCAGGAAAAAGAACGAAAAAAUAUUUUAUAGACAUACCGAUAUCGAUAACACGAUUCGAUUUUAAAACGAACGAAAAAAAUCUUAGAGAACUUUUACGAACAAAACGAACCAUGUGAUAACGUUAUACGAAAAACAAAAAUCAUUUCAAAUCCAGACAAAUUCACCGUUAAUAUCAUUUGAAUAACCAAAAUACAUAAAAAAAAAUACACAAAAUCAACAAAAAAAAAACAGAUUUCGAAUAAACGGAAGAAUUGGAAAGAGACGAACCAAAAAUGCGAACGAAACUUGUAUUGAUGAUAGCUAUUGUGAGCGUUUGGCCAAAUAAAGCGUUUUCAACGCUAAAUGAGAAGAAUCCAGCGACACCAUUACCACAAAUCGAAAGUGUAACCAAUGACGGUGAUGAAUACGACAGUGAAUCGGCUAGAAAAAUCAUUGGAUCGAGAGUUGUGACUUCUGUAUCGGUUGUUAUGAAUGGAAAAGAGCCACAAUUUGCCGAUGCAGUUGGCAAUUAUAUACCAAGACCUUUGGUACCACCGCGUGUUGCGAGUCCCGUAAGCUUACUCGAUCCCGAUCGUUAUGAAUUUUACACGUUCAACGAUGACGGUGAACUGGUCAAACGUUUAAUGACAAUGGAGGAAAUUCAAAGCAUAGUUGCGAAUGGUGACAGUGAACAACAAGCACUAGCCAAAAAUCCAGCUGGAAAUCCAAUUUUAGAUAAUGAGGCCAGCAUUCGUGACAUCGUUAAUAAUGUGCAAAAAGUUUUACACUCGGAAAUGGCCAAUAACAAUUUCACCGCCAGUUUGUCACACAAUAAAUUGGACACACCAGACACAUCGUCAUCGUGGAGUUCAAUAUUGCCGGCAAUUUUCGGAAAUACCGGCGAAUCAAUUGUAGCACAAAAGAUACCGGUGACAACAGGAAGUACGGCUGAUUCGAUUAUUAUGCAGUCAACAACAACGCACAAAAAACCCGCUACUCAUAAACCAUCAACGUCCAUUUCGAAAACAACCGUGCCACCGAAAACAACGCCAAGUAAAUUGACAAAACAAAAGCCUAAGCCAUCACGGCCUGCAUCAUCUUCAUCGGUUACAGCCACCAGACCAAACACUACGGUUACACAAAAGACGAAACCAACGUCAGCCGCACAAACAACGCAACAUAUCAAAAAUACACAAACAAAUAAAGUUACUUAUUCACAACAAAGCACAAGUGGCACAUUGAAGCCAACAAAAGCGGCUACAGCUGGAAAGCCAAGCAGUAGCUCAUUGAAACCGUCAACGGCCUAUGUUCAAAAAAUAGCACAAACAACCCAUAGGGUGACAUAUCCGCCAAGUAAAACGGCAUCAACUGCAGCCGAUACGACGCCAACGAAAAAAACAACAACAUCAAAACGUCCGGUUACACAAACAAAAUACGCAUCGAGCUCAUUGAAAACAUCCCCAUCAUCCGCCUCAAGCAGCAUUCAAACGACUAAAUUACCAUUGACGAUACAAUUUACGCCGACAAAAAAGAUUAAUAAUAAGAUACCAUCAGAUGUGGGAACCAAUUCACCAAUUGUACAACAUACGUAUAUCACAACUAUUCCAACUAAAAAGAAAAUCAGCCCAACAACACCAAGUUAUAAAACAACAAAAAUUGUAACCGAAUCAUACACACCGAAAGAGAAUUGGGCUUCAACGGUAAAAUACCCAAGUAAACCAUCUGUUACAACACGUCGAACCGUUACUAGCCCGAUUCAACCAACAACACGAUCACCACCGCAAACCAUCAGUUCAGAAACAAUUUUUGAACCCGAACCGGACAAUGUCUUCGACUCAGAACUGAGUUUGAAUCAAAUUAUUGAGAGCUUAAAGGGUCUUGAGGGCACAACGAUGCCGUAUGCCUCGAAUUACAUGGACUUUGUCGAUUUGACAACACUUGAGCCAAAUUCAAUGCCACCGUUAGAUCGAAUUAAUACGGAUUCCGUGACAAUCAUGAAUAAUGGACAAAAUUUAAAUUCUCAAACUUAUGCUGAGAAAGAGGAUGCCGAAUUUAAACAAUCGGUCAAUAGCGUUUCAUACAUUCCACAAACAACAUUUGAAUAUCCUGACUAUUCACCAACAACAAUAACAACAACAACGAAUAAAAUGAAAAAUCGUACAAAUAGCGCAUCGCAACGUCCCAUGACAUUGAUUGAACACAAAGAAAGUGACGAUGAAAUGGAAAUGGUGUUGGAUAUGGAUGAUGAAAAAACGACCUAUGCUACUGUUGGCACCACAACAACAAUAUCAUAUACCACCACGCCGGAUAGUUUAAGUAAACAAUCUACGAAUAGUAUGGACACAAUGCUGCGAGAAUCAUUUGAUAGCGUAUUAUCGCAAGUGCAAAAUGAGGUAAUGUCGACAACGAUUGAUUUUAAUGAUGUUGAAACAACAACUUAUCCGCAAAUACAACAAGAUGUGAUUACAAUAAAAUCAAAUGAUCGGAAAAAAGUUGUUGUUAAGCCAACGCCAUACAUUUCGUUUGAAGUGCUUGAAGGCGGUGGGGCUACCGAAUCAAUGAAAUACUUUGAAGCGGUCAUUAAGCACUAUGAACAAGAGAAAAAUAAAAAUGAAUCGAUUAACGGUACAAAUUCAUCGAUACAAGCGGACCUUACAACUCAAACAACAAUCGAUGAUAUGAAAACUACAGAAAAACCAUUCGAAAUGGAUCGAGUCGGAACAACCACUGUUGAUUCGGAUUCAUUGGAAAUGACAACCGAAAAUUUUACCGAAGAAGAAAAGUCGGGAAUUCAGACACAAGAAACAUUUAAAUCAUCCGAAAGUAGUUCGUAUUCCGAGGAAAAUUUAACAACAACAGAGGUUGCAACCGAAGAAAUGCCAUUGAAUUUAUUGCGAACUGAAAAUGAUGAAAAUUUUAUCAGCAACGAAGAAUCAACGCAAUCCAUUACAAUUGAGCCAGAAGAAAUGUCAACCAUUCAAUUUAUCAAAGAUUCAACCGAAAAAUUGAAGAGUGUUUCAAUAACCGAAAAAAAUAACAAUGAUGAUGUUUCCACUAGUUUGGAUGCAGACAUCACAACAAUUGGUUCGACAUUUGAUGAUGAUGAUAGUGUAACUACAACGGAUGGUGAGAGUUUUGAUCAAUCAACUGUUUCAUCCGAUUUCAAUCAAGAACCGGACGAAAAUCAAACACAAUAUGAAAUGAUAAAAUUGAUUGAGAACAUAAUGAAAAACGAAAAGACGAACAACAAUGCACAACCGAAUAUAACAAAUAAUUUAGUGGAACGCAAAGAAGAUGCCAACGAAAUGACAAACAAAAAAAUUGACAAUGGCACAACGGAAAACUAUACAACGCAACGAGAUGAAAUUGAAUUCUCCGAUUUGGGUGAAACAACGACCAUCACGAGUGUGAAUGUUGUAGCAACGGAAAAACAUAAAUAUGAAACAAAAACGAAAACCCAAACGAAAAUAAAAACCAAACCUGAAUCUAAGCCGAGCCCAACAUCGUCUGUAAAAUCACCAUUGAAUAAAUUAAAACUACCAACAUUGGCACCAAUUUUAAACAAUCUGAAAAUGAAAGUUGUGAACGCUCUUAAAAAUACAAACACAAUCAAUUUAGAACCGGCACCAAAGCAAGCUCUCGGCUUGGAAGAAAGUACGGCCCACGCCAGCGAAGACAUUUUGGAAUUUACAAAAUUCUGCAAUGAGGUCGCUUUCAAUUUCUGGACAGCUUUAAAUAAUGAAGGCAUCAGUUCGGCCAGAAGUUUAACCAUUUCACCAUUCGCACUAACAUCGAUGUUGGCUAUGUUUUUCUUAGGCGCACGCGGACGUACAUCGGGCGAAAUAAAUGAUAUGCUUCACUUGGACGAUAUUGUCACAUUCAAUCCGCACGCAAUGCUACGCAAUAUAAGCGAUUCGGUGGAAGAGAAAAAGGACGGUUUUGUCUAUAGCAAUGCAUUCGUACGCGAAUUGUUGAGCGAACGAAGCAAAGGAAAGAUACUACCAUUUUUCAAAGAGAAAGUUAGCCAAUUCUAUUCGGGUUAUGUGGAAGAGAUAAAUUUUAAUACAGUCAACGAUGUCAUCAGACGCCGAACAAAUUUGCUAAUUAAACGUUAUACCGGCGGCAAAGUAAAUGAAUAUCUAAAAACCAGUAAUGUUUGGGUGAAACCACCACUGGCCGGAAUAAGUGCAAAUAUUUUUGAAACUGAUUGUUCGAGAGCAUCGAAAGUGGAACGGGAUGGUGAAAUGUUUUUCCAGGUGUUGCCAGCAAUUCGACAACGUCGUUUGGUACCAAUUCCGGCUGUUGUAUGGAAAAGUGGAUUUACAGCUGGUUAUGAUCCAGAAUUAGAUGCGACCGCCGUUGCUAUCGGUCUGAGCGGUGACAUUAUAAGCACGAUUUUUGUAAUGCCCGGUCAACAAGGUCAUUCGGCACCUGGCGAUAAUCUGGAACGUCUUGAAUCGGUGUUAAUGGUUAACGCGGUCUCACAAAAUGCUUGGCGACGUUUGUUAGCUACAUUAAUGGAACGACCCGGUUUAGAGGUGCAAAUACCACGUUUCACACAUCGUUCGUUUGUUAACACAACGAAUGCACUAAAAAAAUUGGGUCUUGAAACACUUUUCGACCAAAAUUUGGCUGACCUACGUGGCAUAACUGGUUCAAUUGGUCGUGAUGUGUUCGUGUCCGAUUUGAUUCAAAUCAACACAUUUAGCACAUGCGGUGAAGAUAAAUUGGCCGAAGAACAUCAUGUGGAAAUGUACCCAGCACCGCCGAAUAAACAUCGUAAUAUCGACUAUACUUCGACCACAUCGUCAUCAUCAUCAUCGGCAGCAGCAAAACCAAUUGCCGUUGAUUAUGAAAAUGAACGGGCAUUUGCUUCGGAUCCGAUUUAUGACUCAAGAUACCUAAGUCUACCGCUCCCACUACGACCGAGACAAGCAAGAAUUCCAGAAAAUCCACGGCUUCGAUUUGAUAAACCAUUCAUUUACUUUGUUCGUCACAAUCCAACCGGAAUGGUAUUGUACUUUGGACGAUUCAAUCCGCGAUUAUUGCCGUAGUUCUUUACGCUUCUUCUUAAACAAAAUGAAAUUAAAAAAAAAUUAUGUUAUUUAAAAAAUUAGUUUAAAGCCUUCGUAAAGUUCGCAUUUCUCUCGUAAAGAUAUUUGAUGGUGUGUUUGACAUCGAUAAUGAACCAAUACACCGGGAGACACGGCGACAAAUAAUAGUAUUUUAUUAUUAUUUUAAGUGUAUUUCUAAAUAAAAACAGCAACAUUUUUUUUUUUUAAAUUUUUUAAGAGAAUAUGUGACAAUUUCGGGUGCGAAAGAAAAAGAAAAACAUAUUUCUCUACCUAAUCAUUAGCAAUCUCUUAUUUAUUGUAUCAUUUAAUUGACAUGAUUUUCAAACAAAUAAAGAUGCAAGAAAUGAAGAGGAUAAAGAG